AUGGCGGGCCUAGACACUGCCGUGAGCACGGGCGCCAAACACGAAUCCGACCUCCGUCGAAGAAAUGUCCCUGAUACUAGCAAAGCUCAUCUGGACUCAACCCUGAUAAAUGCUGAAGACGUGAAGAAAGCUAGACCACAGUCACCCUCGUUCCUCCAUGCGCUAGCUAGCUGGGAGCCAAUCAUUGCUCCUAUCAUCUUGACAGCCCUCGCCCUCUUCACCCGCCUGUACCAGAUCGGCCGAUCUAACAUUGUGACCUGGGACGAGGCCCACUUCGGUAAAUUCGGUUCCCACUACCUCAAACGCGAGUUCUACUUCGAUGUCCACCCGCCCUUGGGGAAGAUGCUAGUUGGCCUGUCCGGCUAUCUUGCUGGCUAUAAUGGGUCUUUUGAAUUCAAGUCUGGCGAGAAGUAUCCAGAAGAUGUGAACUAUACCUUUAUGCGAGCGUUCAAUGCUGCCUUUGGUAUAGUCUGUAUUCCCCUCGCCUACUACACUGCGCGAGAGUUGAACUUCCGUCGGGCCACAGUUUGGUUGAUCAGCCUGAUGGUGCUGUGUGAGAACUCCUACGCGACAAUUUCUCGGUUUAUACUUCUUGACUCGAUGCUCCUCUGCUUCACAUUUACCACCACAAUGUGCUGGGCAAGAUUCCACCGGUUGCAGCGUGAUAGCUUUUCACUGGAAUGGUAUGCCUGGCUCUGUUUGACUGGCUUGAGCAUUGGAUGUGUCUGCAGUGUCAAAUGGGUCGGUUUCUUCUGCACUGCUCUUGUCGGUCUUUACACGAUUGAUGACCUGUGGAAUAAAUUUGGCGACCUGAAGAUGCCACGGGCUGUACUCGCAAAGCACUUGGUUGCUCGUGUUGUGGGAUUGAUUGUUAUUCCAAUCUUGGUCUACAUGUUUUCUUUUUAUCUGCACUUUUUGGUGCUGGCGAACAGUGGUCCAGGUGAUGCCCAGAUGAGCUCGCUUUUCCAAGCCAAUCUACAAGGUACCGAGGUUGGUAGAGACAGCCCGCUUGAGCUUGCACUUGGGUCGCGUGUUACACUCAAAAAUAUGGGCUACGGAGGAGGGCUUCUGCACUCCCACGUUCAAACCUUCCCGGAGGGAUCUAUGCAGCAGCAGGUCACCUGCUACCACCACAAAGAUGCCAACAACGACUGGUUUAUCUACCCCAACCGACAGGAGCCGGACUACGAUGCCACUGCUGAUCUGCGGUUCGUUGGUGAUGGCGAUGUCAUUCGGCUGAUUCACGGACAGACAGGUCGCAACCUGCAUUCCCAUGCUAUCCCAGCACCAAUCACCAAAUCACACCACGAAGUGUCAUCCUACGGAAAUAUUACCAUUGGAGACGACAAAGACCACUGGAAAGUGGAGGUGGUCGAUGAUGUUGCAUCUCGGGACCGAUCUAGGAUCCGGACACUCACAACAGCAUUCCGACUCCGUCAUCCGGUCCUAGGCUGCUAUUUGCGGGCAGGAAAUGUCAAUCUACCUCAGUGGGGCUUCAAGCAGAUUGAAACAACGUGUACCAAAGAAAACAAACCCGGCGAUGUGUACACUCACUGGAAUGUUGAGUCUCAUACUAACGACCGCUUGCCCCCUGGUGACCCUGGCUCCUAUAAAUCGCCCUUCUUGAAGGACUUCAUCCACUUGAAUGUGGCCAUGAUGACCUCUAACAAUGCUCUGGUUCCUGAUCCUGACAAGCAAGAUGACUUGGCUUCCAAGUUUUGGCAAUGGCCGAUUCUCAAUGUCGGCUUGCGCAUGUGCUCUUGGGAUGAUAGUGUUGUCAAAUACUAUCUCCUAGGAAACCCCCUGGUCUACUGGGGAAGCACUGCGGCUCUUGGUGGAUUUGGUCUUCUAUUCCUUUGGUACCUUCUGCGCUGGCAGAGGGGUUACAAUGAUCUCAGCAACGAGGAAAUUAGUCACAUCCACUACUCUGGCUUGUACCCGGUUAUCGGAUGGGUCUUGCACUACCUUCCCUUUAUCAUCAUGGCCCGCGUGACUUAUGUCCACCAUUACUAUCCGGCUCUGUAUUAUGCCAUCCUGAACUUCGGCUUCUGCGUUGAUUGGGUGACACGAAGGAUGAACCCCAAAUUGUCUGCAGCGGUGUAUGCUUUCCUCUACGUGGUUAUUGUCGGAUUGUUCAUUCAUUUCCGAGCCAUCGUGUUUGGAAUGGAGGGUUCUAACCAGCAAUGGACUCACCUACGCUGGCUACCUGGAUGGAAAAUGGCGAAUGUGAACUAA